AUGGAGCAUGCGAGCAAAUACACCGCUGUCAAGGAGCUCCGCUACGGAGAAAAAUUCUACAACAUCACCGCUUAUGCGGCGCUUCCCGAGGACACCGUCAAGGGGAUUGAUUGUACCAAGGUAUCGUACUAUGUUUACUACCACGGCGCCGAAUACCGCUGCUUCAUACACAAGAAGCGGCACGAAGUGUGCGACGGGCGCGGCAGGCUCGGCCAUCGCACGGACGUCUGCCCAGCACCCGAAAAAAAGAUCUGCAAGAUCUGCGGCACCAAAGUCCCGUCCGAAAACCAUCAUUGUGAACCCAAGUGCGCACUUUGUGGCCGGGAUCAUCCGACCGGCGACAAAAAGUGCCGACCCCUUUUCCAGACUCCCUACCUUCUCAAGAAGCGGAAGUGGGAAAAGCAACAGAUACAGAACAACCGUCGACGACCACAAAAAGGCUUAGGCAACCCAGCCUCGACGCCGUCCAUACUCAAGAAAAACGAACCCGCGGAGACACGCCAGGCCAGGGCGAAAGCCCUUUACAAACUAUACGAAAAGUCCGAGGACGUGGUGUACGUAGAUGCGGCCGAUUACGCGAGUCGCGACGCCAUGGCCUUCGUGGUAGUCAAUCGACAGAGAAAUUCCAUCGCUUCCGGCUCGCUUCGCACGAGCGAAACGGAGGCGGGUGAAGAGACGGCCAUUGCCCUGGCAAUGACGGCCUCCACGAAAAUCAAAUACGUAGUGAGCGACUCCAAGUCUGCCAUUCUAGAUUACGCGAGAGGACGAAUCUCACCAGAGGCGUCUGCAAUCGUUAAAUCUGGCUUCCGCAACGACGCGCGGACCGGCAAGAUCUACCUGAUAUGGGCACCUGCCCACUCCGACCUGGCCGGGAACGAAUGCACGCACGAUGCCGCUCGAGGCUUCACCGACCGAGCAGACAUCGACCCUAACACCACAUUUGCGCAUUCGCUCCGAUGUUCGGGCAAGGAUCGGCUCGUGUCCUACAGGGACAUUACAAAUCAUUACCGAAUGGGGCAGGGCCGCUUUCCCCCCGCUCACUCAUCACAGAAUAAGAGGCAAUCCGUAGUAUGGAGACUUCUCCAAACGAAUUCGCACCUAAACCCGGUUACGUAUAGCUACUGCUACUCAGGGCAAUAUUCGUACAAAUCCCACAAAUGUAAAGAAAGAGCGGACCUAGCACAUACGCUAUGGGCUUGUCCACAGGCGGUGGCACCAGGUCGCAGAAUCACUCAGGUAGAGCAAUGGGAGACCGUGUUGCUCAGCUCCGACCCAGCUGAUCAAAACUGGGCCAUCCAGCUGGCCGAAGACGCUGCUAGAGCCCAAGGGCUCUUGGCCGACGCCUAG